AUGACCACACCGAUCAAUCACGACAACGAAAGUAGCUUCGAUGGCGCUAUGAGCAUGAGCCUCCCUCUACCACCCAACAGCCAGUUGCUGAACCACACCACCAAUGUCAACGCAGUGCGCACCGCGCUCUCGCCCGACGAUCCCUGGUCACGCAUCAACACUCGGCUUGAGCACGACCAAGCCCCCGUCAGCGACUCCGAGUCGCCCGCUCCCGCACAUGCUUUCGCUCCCCAUGCGUUGCAAAGCUACCAUCCCCAAGGUCUCGAGGACAACCUAGCCACCAUCGAGUCAAGGCUGUGUCUUCCCACACACGCCAGCUAUUCCUCCCCGCCAAGCCCGCCGACAUCGUUACCGUGGGCGGCAGCUUCGAGCGCGACAGCACCAUCGACCGAGUCGAGGUCUAUCUGUUGCAGGCAAUGCGGUGUGCAAUUCACGGGUGCAUACCAGCGUGGAAAUCUCGCGCGCCAUGUGCGACACAAGCAUACAGCUGUAAAGGGAGGCCUGUACACUUGUCCAGCUGACGGCUGCUAUAAAGAUUUUGCUCGUCAGGAUGCUAGGCUCAAGCAUGCACGCAAACAUCACCCCGGGCUAUAUCCAGAGCCGGUACAGAAGAAGCAAGGCCAUGAAAGGGAUUUGAUGACCUCACAACCGAUCGACGAUGGUAGCGCCUUGAGCUACUAUCCCCGAUCAAGCCCUAGGUCAAUACAAAGUACACCAAGUCACCAGCGACAUCUCGCCGAGGCGCCACUAGGAGGUGGUUACACUACUCUACCGCUGAGUCUCAGUCCUGACGGUGCGCAAUCGCGCCAGCCAAGCUCUCGACUUGUGACUGGCAUGAGGCCCUGGUCUUCAUCCAACAACAAGGAUGGAGGGCUUACUGCUACGUCUAGUCUCGACUUUAAUAUAGGACAAUGGUUACCCACAUCGCCUCAGACCUCGGUGUAUCCAGUUUUUCAUCAACCGCGUGCUCGACAUGUUGACACCUCUGUUGUUACGCCAUUGCACAACCCACCCUUACCAUCUGCUAGCAAUAAGUACAACGUUGCGGGUAUGAGCCCGUCGUCUCUAUAUGACACUGCCAACUCAACACUACUGAGUCCUUUUGCUACCGGUAGCGACUAUCGUCGGACGUCAUCAUCGUCUCAAGCCCUGCACGUUGCUCCCCGCCGCUACCGUAUGUCAUCUACAACUAAGUCUCUACGCGAUGACUGGGCGCAACCAGGCGACCAGGCAGGCGUAACGACCUCUACCAUCGAUCCGUCGCUCUUGAUCACACCGCAUAGCGACAACGGCCAGGAGGAGGAUCGUCUCCGCCAGCUCCUUUUCCUAGAUAGAUCUUAA